AUGAGCGCAUCACCACUUAACGCGUCUUCGGCGCGUCAUCCAUCCCCCGGAAGCUCCCAAACUCAAAUCUACGUGAACCCAACCCAACGAAGCCCACCCAAACUAUUCCAGUGCCCACCACGACAACGACAACAAGUUAUGUGGAAGUCCACACCAACUCCCAGCCAGGGGAAGCAGCAGUCGAUUUCGAGCUUCUUCACACCAAAGACCGCCAAUGGUGUUGCCAAACCAAGGCCGUCACAAGCCCCCCAGGAACCACAACCAUCACCAGAAGGGCUGGAGUCAAGUAACGACAAUUUAUACGAUGCCGAGACUGGCUCCGAAUCCGAGGAACCGCUGCAGUCCAUUACGAAUGGAUCUUCGAAGAGAUCAUUGGCGGAGGAUGUAGUUAGGAGACCAUCCAAACGGGUGAAAGGAGACGACAACGAUGGGGACGGCCACAGUUCAUUCUUUCCGACCACUGGUUUGCGCAAACCGUCCUCUGGAAACUCGAAGAUCACUCCUAUCGCUCCUAUCACUGCCCGAACCGAAACUUAUAUGUAUAGCUCCUCAGGCCAAUCUGCAGUUGGUGAGGAGGUCGAUGCGGCGACGAAGGCCAGAAAGGAGGAGUUACAUAGGCAAUUCGUCAAGAAACUCGGCCAUCCGGAUAGCAUAGCAAAGAUUCGGCAAAGGAGCUGGCAGGCCAGCGAAGAGACGGAGGAACCGGCCGAGGGUGGUGGGGACGACGAUGAGGAUGAUGCUCUACCUCCUACGAAGUCAAGGAGGAAGGGGGCCAAAACGGGCAAGUUGACUCCUCUAGAGCUACAGGUAUUAGAUAUCAAGAGGAAGCAUAUGGAUACGAUUUUAAUCGUAGAGGUGGGAUAUAAAUUCAAGUUCUUUGGAGAGGAUGCGAGGAUAGCUGCCAAAGAACUGGGCAUAGUGUGUAUUCCCGGCAAGUUUCGAUACGAUGAGCAUAUUUCCGAGGCACAUCUUGAUCGCUUUGCUUCCGCAAGUAUUCCUGUACAUCGAUUGUCAGUACAUGCAAAGAGACUUGUUGCGGCUGGGCACAAGAUUGGGGUUGUUAGACAAAUUGAAACGGCGGCCCUGAAAAAAGCUGGCGACAAUAGAAACACUCCCUUCAUACGGAAACUUACGAAUGUCUAUACGAAGGGAACGUAUAUAGACGACGUGGAGGGACUUGACCAGCCUACAGCCGCUCCAACCGGUGGUGCUCCCGCUACUGGCUAUCUUUUAUGCCUUACCGAGUCUAAAGCCAAAGGAUGGGGCACUGACGAAAAGGUGGAUGUUGGAAUAUUGGCAGUCCAACCAGCAACUGGAGAUAUUAUCUAUGAUACUUUUGAGGACGGGUUCAUGAGGGGCGAAAUUGAGACUCGCUUGUUACAUAUUGCGCCUUGCGAGUUCUUGAUUGUCGGAGAACUUACCAAAGCUACAGAAAAGCUCGCUCAACACCUGUCGGGAAGUAGCACCAAUGUCUUUGGGGACAAGAUCCGAGUUGAGCGUGUGGAAAAGAAGAAGACGACGGCUGCUGAAGCUUAUUCCCACGUUGCUCGGUUCUACGCAGACAAAUUGACAUCUAACGAGGAAAAUAAAAAUGAACGAGAGCAAAAUCUUUUGGAUAAAGUUCUCAAACUUCCAGAGGAGGUCACUGUUUGCCUAUCUGCAAUGAUAACUCAUAUGACAGAAUAUGGGCUUGAGCACGUCUUUGACUUGACGAAGUAUUUUCAAUCCUUCAGUGCUCGGUCACACAUGCUACUAAAUGGCAACACGUUGACAAAUCUCGAGAUCUAUCAGAAUCAGACGGAUCAUACCGAGAAGGGAAGUUUAUUCUGGACGGUAGACAAGACCUGCACGCGCUUCGGUCAGAGACUUUUGAGGAAAUGGGUUGGGAGGCCACUUCUAGAUAAAGAUCGACUAGAGGAAAGAGUCUCGGCGGUAGAAGAGUUGAAAGAAGGUACUCAAACUCUGAAGGUCGAUCAACUGCGCUCCCUCCUUAGGAAUAUCAAGACGGAUCUGGAGCGAAGCCUCCUCCGGAUAUACUACAGCAAAUGCACUCGCCCAGAGUUAUUGACAGCCUUACAAACCAUGCAGAGGAUCGCAAAUGAGUUCGCGCAUGUUAGAUCUCCUGCGGAUGCUGGCUUCCAAUCUCCACUCAUCAAUGAAGCCAUAGCUUCACUACCCACCAUCGGCGACAUUGUAAUUUCCUUCCUCGACAAGAUCAAUGCGCAAGCCGCGCGGAGUGACGAUAAAUAUGCAUUCUUCCGCGAAGAGGAAGAAACCGGGGCCAUAGGAGACCACAAAAUGGGCAUCGCAGCUGUCGAACAAGACCUCGACGUCCACCGCUCCGAAGUAGCCACGAAGUUGAAAAAGAAAUCUCCCGUCACAUACGUAACUGUCGCUGGAAUCGAAUACCUCAUUGAAAUCCCCAACACAGACCUUAAAAAUGUCCCCGCCUCAUGGACCAAAAUCUCAGGUACAAAGAAACUGUCACGCUUCCACACCCCCGAUGUAGUCCGUUUGCUCCGCGAACGCGAUCAACAUAAAGAAUCACUUUCCGCGGCCUGCGACGUAGCAUUCUCUUCCCUCCUCUCACAAGUUUCAACACACUACGCCGUCCUCCGGGAUAGCAUCGCCUCCCUCGCUCUCCUCGAUUGCCUCCUCUCCCUCGCAACAAUCGCCUCCCUUCCAGGCUACACCAAGCCAACCUUCACCACUACUACCGAGAUAACAGUAGUCGAAGGUCGGCACCCAAUGGUGGAGCAGCUCCUCCCCACCUCCUACAUACCCAACAAUACAUCCCUUUCGGCAGAAGACGAGCACACUCGCGCUCUCCUUAUUACAGGCCCCAACAUGGGCGGUAAAUCCUCAUAUGUCCGCCAGGUAGCGCUGAUAUCCAUCCUCGCUCAAAUCGGUUCAUACGUCCCCGCCAAAUCUGCAUGUCUCGGCCUCCUUGACGGGAUAUAUACCCGUAUGGGGGCCUUUGAUUCGCUCUUCACCAAUCAGAGUACAUUCAUGGUAGAACUCAGUGAAACGGCAUCGAUCCUGAAAAGCGCAACCUCCCGCUCGCUCGUCAUACUAGACGAGCUAGGCCGGGGAACAAGCACACAUGACGGCGUGGCCAUCGCGAGCGCCGUGCUGGAUUGGGUUGUACGGGAAACAAAAUGCCUCUGCUUAUUUAUCACGCAUUAUCAGACUCUGGCGGGUGUAGCGAGGGGUUUCGAGAAGGCUAAAGAGUUAAGGAAUGUGCAUAUGCGAUUUACGGCCCAGAGCAAGGACGGGCGACAGAUUUCCGAUGGCGAGGUUGGGGAGGGUGAUGGUGAUGAGCAAAUUACCUUCUUGUAUGAAGUAGGCGAAGGAGUUGCUCAUCGCUCGUACGGUUUGAACGUUGCACGGCUAGCGAGGGUGCCUAAACCAGUGUUAGAGACGGCUGCUUUAAAAUCACGAGAGUUAGAAAUGGAGAUCAAGCAGAAGAAGCUGCUUGGGCUCUCAAAGCUUAUAGGCGAUGUAUUGAAGGAUGAUACUGACCAGCUGGAUCAGCUGGUCCUUGGCAUUGAGGAGUUGUAA